AUGGUCAAUCUUUCGGAUAUUCAAGAACUAAACAGAAAGGAGCUUCUGCGAUGCCUUCGAAAGUUCGAUUCGCCGAUUUCCUUGAUUUGGGAUCCCAACCUGACCGCACCAUUCACUCUCUUCAGCGACGUGAAACUGCUCCAAGAAUACGGCGUCGAAAAAAUGGUCGCUCUUCCAGAAAGCGGCCGACUCGCGGGAUUCCAGACGAAAUAUGCAGUAUUCCUGUGCUCAGAUACAGUCUCGAUAAUCGAGCGCGUUGCAAAUGUGACUCCUGCCCAGUCCAAUACAGAGUAUCAUUUGAUAAUCGUCCCCAAGAUCUCUGUUAUCAAUAAAAAGUUGCUCAGGGAAAAGACAGGAUACAACAGUUAA